CAUAACUGACCUGCUCCAGAUGUUCGCGCUUCCUCCAGCUGUGCGCCGGUUCUCCAGGCUUCCAGCUGAGAGCCCGGCGGCCCUCCUGGUCCUCAGGGGCCUGCUCGGCGCGGUGAGCGGCGCAGUGUUGUUUCUGGGAAUUGUCCAUAACUUUCCUCUGACAUUUGUCCUGAAGCUGGCGGUAGGAUCUGUAUUUGUCGGUGUGUGCGUAGCAGGAGGAGCUCUGUCCUCGUCCUUCAGGUGUACCGUCCUCCUCACCUUACCCAGCAUCCUCGGCUCACGUGGCCGCUCCUACCUGAUGGUGCUGGUUGUGAUGGUUAUGUUCAGAGGUCCGAUCGCAAACAUCGAGCGGAACGCUGAGGGGGCGGCUCUGUCUUUGAGCUGUAAUCUGGACCUGCAGGUUCAUCACAGCAGGAUGCUGUGGAGGCAAGCCAUCCGACCCUUUAUUCUGGUCACACAGCAGCUGAUGGAUGAUAAAGCAGAGUUUGAAUCGGAGUCCCUGAACAUCAGCAGGAAGUUCCAGAACAUCAGGGAUGAAGUCCUCCUUCAGUACGGAUACGACCCGUUCCAGCCGAAGCCGAAGCCCGGCGGCAGAGCGAACAGCACCCAGGAGCAGUUCACCGCCAAGACCAGGAUGCAGUGCGACGGUGUGGUGAGUGAGGGCAUCCAGCGCUGUGCUGAUUGGUUCGCUCAGAGGUGGGAGGCGUGCAUGGAAGCCAUUCCUGUUCCCGUCAUCAACCACAUCCUCUGCGUCUCCAUGAAGUUCCACUUCCUGUGUGACGUCAUGAGAAUCAUGACUCCCUGGUGCCGGGAGCAGAUUCCCGUGGAGGGAAACUUCGGGCGGCUCUUCGAUCAGCUCAACGUUUCAGUGGAGCGUCUCUCCAGAGAGUUCAGGACGGAGGUGGUCGUCCAGGAGGAAGAGCAGCAGCCGGUGCUGGACGGGGUUCUGUUGGAUCAGGCCUUCACUCAGGCCGUCAGACGGUCCUUCCAGAACCUGACGAGGACGAUGGAACAAGUGAUGAACGUUCUGCAGCUGCUGCUGUCCUUCACCUUCAUCACCGUGUUCAUCCAGGCGUUUCAGUACCUCUGCUCCUACAGGAGGAACAUCAUGUUUGACAACCUCUACAUCACCUCCUACUUCAGACGCAUCGAUGACCGCAGGAGACGAGCGGGCAAACGCUUCCUGCUGCCUCUCAGGAAAUCAGAGAGAAAGGCGUUCAUCGCCCCGACGAGUCUGAAGAUCUUCCCCCAGGAGCUGAAACAGGUGACGCCAGGAGCUUUCCAGGUUCUGUCCAUCUUGCUGCUGUCCGUCGUCCUGCUGGCCGUCGACUCCGCUCUGGUCCGCGUUCUCGACAUCAUCAGCAGACACACGUUCACGCAGUUCAACGUGACGAGCGGUUACCACGUGGACAUCAAAGUGGGCGGGGACUCCAUGAUGGCCCGCCUCCUGCGGACCACGAUUUCCGGAUUCAACAGUUCAUCUGAGCUGAACGUCCACAGCGACAACCGGGCUUGCAUGUCUCCCCCCACCCCCCUCCCUGCUGAAGUCUAUGUGAGCUGUGUGGGUUGCAUCCUGCUGGUGGCGCUGUUCAGCUGUCUACAGGUGUACACCAACCGCCUCCGUCGGCUCAUCGCAGCUUUCUACCACCCAAAGAGGGAGAAGAAGCGGGUUCUGUUCCUCUACAACCUGCAGCUCCACAGACGGACCUCCUCCCCGGACAGGACAGCUAGCCGAGGGCAGAGCAGCGGGACAGUGUUCCAGCACCUGGGCAGGUGGAGGCAGCGUCUCCUCCAUCACCGCAGACAGGGAGCGUCGGAGCUGGAGGAGGCGCCCUGCGUCUAGGAAGGAGGAGAGGAAGACGUCCUGCUCUUCGUCUGUUCGUCUGUACGCUGACGUCUGCAGAAACAUCUUCCUCAGGAGCGUCUGUUGUUAAGAUGAAUAAAGUUUUUCUGUAUUGAAUCCAUG